GGAAAUACAAGGAUAGAUGGUCGGGGAAGUUCGACAAGCACUCAGCCUAAUCAGUAUUCUCGUGGUCGAGAGAAGAGUAGGAGGUAAAGAUGUCGGAGCGAAAAGUUUUAAACAAAUACUACCCACCCGACUUCGACCCGUCAAAGAUCCCCAAGCUCAAGCUGCCCAAAGACCGGCAGUACGUGGUGCGGCUGAUGGCCCCCUUCAACAUGAGGUGUAAGACAUGUGGAGAAUAUAUCUACAAGGGCAAGAAGUUCAAUGCCCGCAAAGAGACAGUGCAGAACGAGUCCUACCUGGGCCUGCCCAUCUUCCGCUUCUACAUCAAGUGCACGCGCUGCCUGGCAGAGAUCACCUUCAAGACAGACCCCGAAAACACAGACUACACCAUGGAGCAUGGAGCCACGCGGAACUUCCAGGCUGAGAAGCUCUUGGAGGAGGAGGAGAAGAGGGUGCAGAAGGAACGGGAGGACGAGGAGCUGAACAACCCCAUGAAGGUGCUGGAGAACAGAACCAAGGACUCCAAGCUGGAGAUGGAGGUUCUGGAGAACCUGCAGGAGCUCAAGGACCUGAACCAGCGGCAGGCACACGUGGACUUCGAGGCCAUGCUGCGGCAGCACCGCCUGUCGGAGGAGGAGCAGCGGAAGCACGAGCAGGCGGAGGACGAACGGGAGGCGGCGGCCUUAGUGGAAGAAUCUAGGAAACGAAGACUCCUGGAAGACUCCGAUUCAGAGGAGGAUGCUGCCCCCACCCAGCCCCAGCAGGCCCUCCUGCCUAACCCCACCGCCAUCCUGGACGAGGCCCCAAAAGCCAAGAGGAAGGCGGAGAGCUGGGAGCGCAGUGUGGGCACCUUUGGCAGCAGUCCCCAGCUGUCUGGCCUGGUUGUGGUGAAGAAAACAGACCUGGGCCGCAGCAUCCAGCGAGGAGGAGUCCUGCCCGCCCCAGAUGCAAUGAAGAACGGGCAGGUGGCUGGCCCUGCGCCCCAGACGUCUGGCACCUCCUCCCUGAGCCAGCUGGGUGUGUAUUCCGACAGCGAGGACAGCAGCGGCAGCAACUGAGCCCUGCCCCCAGGCCCUUCCCCAGGUCAAGAUCACACAGCCAGCUCCAGCCCAUGGUCGGGGCAGGAGGCCCUGGGACCAACUGGAGUCACCACUGGACAAGCACAAAUGACCUCCAAGGCUGGCGGGGUCAGCAAUGGCUUCAGCUGAGGGACUCAGUUUCUCUCCCGUCCCCCCACCUUCCCUGCUCCGGAGCUCGGGGUCCCCAGCUCACAUGGCGGCAUCCCCGGAGCAGCUUCUGACAGGCCUUCGAGGUCGUCGCGGCUGACAUUCCGAGAUGCUCUGGGCACGUGGGUGAGCCCACCCACCAGUGGUUGGCUCCAUCCCCGCCACAGAACCAUCUGGAACCCAUGAAAGGAACCUGCUGAUCUGGCCUGGGGGUACCUUCUCUCUGCCAGCAUCUGAGGAGGGGGCUGCAGAAGCAUGCAACCUAGCCAGUCCUGGACUCUUGGCUCAGAAACUGCGAGAUAAUAAAUGUUCCUUGUUUCAUACACUCCGUUGGGGGAUAAUUUGUGAAGCAGCAGUGGAAAGCUGAUACGGUCAUGUAACCAGCAAGUCUGAUUCCAAAGCUCACGUUCUUUCAAGAU